CUCCCGCCUGACUGACGCCGGCCGGGGCUGCUGCUGCCGCUGCCGCUGCCGCUGCGCCCUGGCCCCGCCGCCGCCGCGCAGCUGCAGCCCCGCUCCCGCCCGCGGCGUGCCGAGACCCCAGCCCGCGCCCGGUGGCAGGCUUCAUCACCAGCUUUUUGAUGUUUGGAAAGUUCUGAGACCCACUCUGUUGGACUACUUGUAACCAGUGGUUAAGGCUACAAAAACAUACGUGUGGACGAACCUUUCCUUGAAGGAAGCAUCCAUCUCAAUAUUGUGGAAACUCCGUGCAAGCCUUGCAAGGCAGGAGAGUGGUUUGUGCUUCUGUUGACACUCGUGUGUAAUCUCUGCUUCUUAUGCACUCCAGCACCCCUAUCAGUUCCUUGUUCUCCUUCACCAGCCCUGCAGUGAAAAGGCUGCUGGGCUGGAAACAAGGAGAUGAAGAGGAAAAGUGGGCAGAAAAAGCUGUUGAUUCCUUGGUGAAGAAGUUAAAGAAGAAAAAAGGUGCCAUGGAAGAACUGGAAAGGGCUCUGAGCUGCCCAGGUCAGCCCAGUAAAUGUGUCACGAUCCCACGUUCAUUGGAUGGGCGGCUGCAGGUGUCUCACCGCAAGGGGCUUCCCCACGUCAUAUACUGCAGAGUGUGGCGCUGGCCUGAUUUACAAUCUCACCAUGAGUUGAAACCACUGGAAUGUUGUGAGUUCCCGUUUGGCUCAAAACAGAAAGAAGUGUGCAUUAACCCCUACCAUUACCGGCGGGUGGAAACCCCAGUCCUACCUCCUGUACUCGUUCCAAGACACAGCGAGUUUAACCCUCACCUCAGCCUCCUCGCCAAGUUUCGAAACACUUCUCUGCACAGCGAGCCACUGAUGCCGCACAAUGCCACCUAUCCGGAUUCUUUCCAGCAUCCUCCAUGUACCCCUUUUCCAUCAUCACCCAGCCACAUGUUCUCCCAGUCACCUAACAGCAUCAGCUACCCCAACUCACCAGGAAGCUCUUCUGGACCAGGAAGUCCCUAUCAGCUCACAGUGGAAACUCCACCCCCGCCUUACCACGCAAGAGAACCUCCAGGAACCCACAGUGGGCGGUCAAUGGAUGCAAUAGCUGAAAGUCAACUAGUGCUGUCUUUGCCCAAUGGAGGUAAAUCUGCCGAUGGAGAAGCUGAAAACUUUCGGCCUGUUUGCUAUGAGGAACCCCAACAUUGGUGCUCAGUUGCCUACUAUGAACUCAACAACCGGGUAGGGGAGACUUUCCAGGCUUCCUCUCGAAGUAUCCUUAUAGAUGGAUUUACAGAUCCCUCAAAUAACAAAAACAGGUUCUGUCUGGGACUACUCUCAAAUGUAAACCGCAACUCUACUAUAGAAAACACCAGGAGACACAUAGGAAAAGGUGUUCAUCUUUACUACGUCGGUGGGGAAGUUUAUGCUGAAUGUGUCAGCGAUAGCAGUAUUUUUGUGCAAAGCCGCAACUGUAACUAUCAGCAUGGUUUCCACCCAGCCACUGUCUGCAAGAUCCCCAGUGGCUGCAGCCUCAAGAUCUUCAACAACCAGCUUUUCGCCCAGCUGCUUGCCCAGUCAGUCAAUCAUGGUUUUGAAGUGGUGUAUGAGCUGACCAAGAUGUGUACUAUUCGAAUGAGCUUUGUUAAAGGCUGGGGAGCAGAGUACCAUCGCCAGGAUGUUACAAGCACGCCCUGCUGGAUUGAGAUCCAUCUGCAUGGACCGUUGCAAUGGCUGGAUAAGGUGCUGACACAGAUGGGCUCACCUCAUAACCCCAUCUCCUCAGUCUCUUAAGAAUCAUCUCUAUAGAAUUCCCUUAGGAUGGAUGCUAUUGCAGGCAGUGGCUUAUAGGAUUUCCAGUGAACAGAAGCUUCUAUAUGUAGAUGUAUGUAGAUGUAAAUAUAUCUAUACAUAGUCUACUCUCCUUUUUUUUUUUCAUGCUAUGUUUUGUGGUUUCUAGUUACUCUGAUGCCAGUACAAUAAGUUUAGAAAUUCAGGUAUAGCAUAUCUGUUCUCUAGUACAAAAUAAGCCAAAUUCCUGCAAAAGUGUCAAACAUUUCCUGUGAGCAUCUUCAUUCCCCAGCCAAGCCAGUAAACGGUGCGACUUCUCAGCACUUUCAUGUGGAUUCAGAAACCUGGCUGUAGCUGUUCCUAGUAGGUGAAAUUCACCCCUCUGCAGGCAACCAAAGUCAGAUCUCUGCACCAUUUAUAUCUAUCUUACAUCCUAAUUUCAGGUCUAAAAGAGGACCUUAAGUGGUGCACAGAACUUAUGCAUAGAGAUGACUUUUAUCCAGUGAACUGAAGGACUAAACUGCAAUUCCAGUCUGUCUCCCUACUGCAAAGCAUGGUGGGACAACAGAUCCUCCGAGGAGCUGAGGCACCCCUGUCUCCCCUGGGAUUUGGCAGGAGGAGAGAGCCCUCAGGACGUGUUCAGCACUGGAACCUUAUCAGAGCAUUCUGGACACAUCUGAGUAGUCUGAUACUGUUAACCCAGUAGCGUACGGUACUGCUGCACUGAAAAGCAACAAGCUCCUAAGAGAAAAAAAAAAAAAAGGAAAUUUGAAAUAUAUGCCUAUAAGUUUGAAAACUAAUUAACUUCCAGUGCUUUUUUGCAAAGUACAUACAUACUUGCAUAUGUAUCCGGCAUGUAAACUGAAUCCUAUCCAUUAUACAGUAUUGAUGUAGUUUGUUUUAAAGUUAGGACUGUCUGUAGUUAGACUACUGUGCUGAUAUCAAGGGUACGUCUAAACGGGACUUGAACUGUGAUUCAGAAAAGGGAAAUGAAGUGUGCAUUGACGAACCAAAUAAUUACUUUAUCAUUCAUUUUGGGAUAGUCUCUGUACUGGGAACAGGAAGCCCCACGCUGACAAGAUGCAAGGAGAAGGAGGUGGGAGUCAGCCACAUCCGUCCCCUGUGCUGAGCCAGUCCUCAGGAUCCGACUGCAACGCUGGGGUUUGACAGCGAGGGCUUCCCUGCCAGUCACCUCGUACACCCCCAGGGAUGGUUUCUCAUCUUAGAUACAGGCUUCAUCAUUUGCAGUGCUUUUGCCUCGCCUGCAGAGGAUGGUGAGGCAGUGUAAGCCAUGAACAAGUGAAGAGUGAAUCUACGUGCAGAACCUUUAUUAAAAGCUCCUUGUCUGUGGUCCUUCUGUAAGCAGGGAAACCUAUUGCCCGUACUGACAUCCACAGAGCCAGCCUUACAAAAUGCUGUUCACUUGGUAACCUUUUCUGAGGAGGCAGGUGAAACAUUACAUUUUGAUGGUCCCCAUUACCUUGCUGAAAGGGUAGAGGAUUAUUUCUUUCCAGGCAUAACAGUCCACUGAAAAUUGUUUUGCUUUAAGGGUCAGAAAGAAGGAUAACUUCUCCAAUCUCAUUCCUCCUUAGAACACAUCAGAAGUAUCCUGAGAAAAAACAUAAAUGUUUUACAGAAUGUUUUUUUUCUCACAAAAUAUCUGGUGCUACACAUCUUACUGCAUAAUUAGAAGAGAAUGCCUGAAAUCUUCAGCUACAUCAUGUAUGCAAAUCAAGUAACAUUCACUGGAAAGACUUUCCAUGUGUUUUAGAUGCUAUGUAAUACCUGUUAUGGGGUGGUAAUUAUGAACAGAGCAGAAGAAUCAGUAAACUAGCAGGGUUACUUUUUUUGAAUGCAUCUUCAGCUGCCUGCAGAAUUUGUAGGGCACAGAAGGAUAAAUUAUUGUUUGAGCAGGAAUAGCAAGUUGUAUAGGAAAUUUGUAAAUGCGAAGAACCCUAUUCUGUCACCAUUUGACGUCAGUAGUGUCACUGUAGGACAGAAAAAGCUUUACAGUCUCCUGCAGCAAUGAAAUCCAGUAAUAACGUUACACAGAAAUUCCAGGCAUGCCACUUAGUGUUUAGCAGACUUGAGAGACAUCAGUUUGGAAAAAUGCAUUAUCCUCAGCUCCCUCUGUCAUCAGCAUCACUGUACCGAGGUACUGCUAACACAGUUUUUAGCACGUUUAUUGCACCUUUUCUCCAGUAAUUUCUCUGUGCUUUUCAUGUUGCUCAUCCCUUUGCCUUCUUAGCAGCUAAGGACAGAGAAAAUCACCUCCCCCAUCCAGGAUCUAGCUCUGUCCUUUAUCCUAGAUUUUUCCUUGCCUUUUUGGCUGAAUCCUCCUUCCCUCCUAAUAUUGAGAGAAGCCUAGGGGUUGCUUUUAGACAUUCCCAACAUUGCCAUCUUCCUCACAGAGGGCAAAGGGGGAUGUUUUGAGAUGCGUCUGCUCUUGGGCGCUCCAGAACCCAGUUUCCUGCUGAUGCUGUAGAGGAAAAUUGGAUGGCCAGUGAGGAGAAGCGGGUUCUUCUGGGGCAUCAUUUGUUUCAUCAUAUGGCAGGUAUUUCAAGUAGGUGAAAUAAGCUGCACUCUGAGCGUGCUUAUGUCUUUCCAAUGAGUAUAAGGGGAACUCAGGGUCAGCAGCACAAAUGUGGACUGCUAUGUUGGACGUAUCCAAAAGAAGGUGAGGUGGGCCCUAGGGAAGAUGUGGUGGCUUUCCCAGCCUACUAAUGAUGCUAGCUCAGUAAGUGUCCGUGUUGUUUAAGUGGAAGUUGGUAAAUUCGGAGCAGUUUUUCCUUUCCUGUACGUCUACUUUUACAGUAAUCCUCAUACAAAUAGGGUUUGGCUUCAAUGCAGUCCACAUGUGCAUCUCAUUAAAGGUAGUCACUUUAAUAUUCCCUUACUAGUAAGUAAAGAGGCAUUUCUGGAGGAUGAUUCUUCUGACCUGUUUAAAAAGUCAGCAUUAGGAUGAGAUGAAUUUCAGCAAAUGUAACUAUUUGCUGAAAGUUUGAUCAAAGGGCCUGAUUCUGGGCAAUCAAAGCCAACAGCCAUCUCAAAAGUUGUUAACAUUUGGGAUGGCUGGUAUCUCCGUGUGAACUCCUGCCUGUUUUGAUGGCCAGUAAGGCUCUAGUGGCUUAGUCCACUGUAUGAGAUGCUGUGCAAACACACAGCAGCUGACAGGUCCUUCCCAGGAGAAGAAGAGAGCUCACAUCAGUGAGGGAGAAGUGGUAACAGUGGACGAGUCAAACAAGUAAAUAGGAAGAUGAUCCCUGCUCAGAUGCAGUGAUAAAAAGUAAGGUAAAUAAACCAUUCAUUUCCCUUUCUUUUUGAAGAAAGUCUCACUUACAGGCUUCUCUGCCUGUGAUUUGAGAUCAAUUAAAAAUUCAGGUUUCUCAUAAUUUAUAGCUGUGUAACUUUGUAUCUCACUCUAAUGUCUCCCUAUUUUGGAAGGAGAUAUUUUCUGCUUAAAGGUCUUCAUGAACCUAUCAACCUGUAGUCAAUUUAAAGCCUUUAAAUGCACUCAUUAAUACUGAGUCUUUGGAGAUAGGCUUCCUGAGAGAUUUAAAACCACUUACAGCGAGACUACUUAGUUGAAGGCAGAUUUUUUUAAAAUGUUUUUUUGAGCCAUCAACAAUUUAGACCCUCUUGAAAGUUUCUGUGGAGAAGUACAGCGCAUCAGCAGGCAGCGAUGGGAGUUUGAUCAGGCAGUGGCAUAAAGCAAAUUCAUCAUGGUACGUAGACCACUUGUUUUCCUGUUAAGCCGCCGAGAGAAGGCAGCUGCUUAAUUGCUGCGAGUUCUUCAACAGCACCAUUAUUAAUGUGUCAUUUGCAUCCAGAGGUGAGGGAAGGAAAUCUGGCACGUGAGUGCCUGGAGCCAUUCAGUGGCACUGGUGCUCCAGUGGCUCGGUCCCAUAACAGCUGCUGAGGUGCGGUACAGCAAUGGCUGUAGCUUUCAGAAGUGCAGCAUAUGCUUUGCCUCCCCAUCAGAGGCUACGCUAAGAACAUCUUUACUCCUCACAGUUCAUGUUUUGCUGUGCUCAGUCUGAAGGAUAACGUAUCAGCAACACGAAGGGGAACUGUGGCCCCCAAGUAACAUCAGAUGGAGUCAAGCAAAUUCCUUCCGUGUCUCCAGCAGGUACUGUGUCAAGACUUUCACCCCCGAGCAGCCUUCUCCGAGUGGUCCCUGCCUUGAGCAGGGCAUCAGACUCAAUGCCCUGCAGAGAUCCCUUCCAAUUUAUGUUAUUCUGUGGGUGUGUGCAGAGAUUCAAUGAUAACUGGUCGCCACAGGCAGGAGCUCUCUGUUAGUAGAGACAGUUUCAGGGUGAAGCAUGUUUAUCCUCAGCUAUUUCUGCAUGAGUUCAGUGCAGGAGAGUUACGAGGUAUUAAUGUUUCCUCAGCAUAAAAUCAACACUGCAAAUGUCUCUCACUGUAAACAUCAUCUCCACCUCACAACUCUCAAAAUAGAGAAAAUCAGGCAUUUGCGAUUAUAACUUUACCUAAUCUGCCCUUGUUCUUCCUGGUUUACAACACCUUCACCUAUAACAUCUGUGAAUCAGAAAGUCUCACCAGCGACUGAGGAGUUGCACAAACAGCUGGAUUUACAGAGGCAGCUUGGGCAGAGACUGUUUGCUUCUUGGCUGGAUGGAAAUGAUUUAUAAAGAAGCUUGAUCAAAUUUAGUAACUUUGAAGUGGUCUCAAGUGUAUGGCCAGUUUUUUUGACUCUUUAGAGACUUCUCUGGUGCAGCUGUAGUGUUCAGGAAUACUUGAGCACUACAUGGUGCUCAGCACAGGAGAGAAACAUAACAUCCUCUGCACUAUUCACCUCCCCCCCCAGCUCCCCAUAACCUAACUUGGUAACACCAAAAACAAUAAAGAAAGAUCAAUGAUUCAUAGGGUAGACUAAUUAAAUACCAUUUUUUCAACCUUGAGAAAUGCUGCCCAGCGUAUAGAUUUAUAUAAUGAGAAGUGUACCAAAUGUAACGUGCUCUCCAAGCCAAAGGGGAGAGCGCCUUGCUCUGCAGAAGCCUGGAGAGCAGGCUGUUACUUGAACAGCUGAACCCAAGCGUUUCUGGGUGAGUGGAAACCCUGCUGAUGGGGCUGAGAACAUUUUUAUAGAGGACUUACAGCUCAUGGUUGGUUUCAGUAGCCAGAGAUGCACUUGAGAGGAUGAAGGGACUGGGGAGGAGGGAGCGUAUGACCGGAUCUGCUCAGUGGUCAUUGCUGGAGGUACCAAGGCAGUAUGCGCUUGGGCAGCCAUUGUACUCACUACAGCUUUUUACAUUCACAUCUAAACUAAUCAUCAGGACCUGUUUUAGGAGCAGCUUGGAGUACCACUUCAUCUGGUGCUUCCUAUACACACAGCCUGGCCAAGUCUGCCAGCCUCCUUAAGCCAUUAGAUAUGUUGGGGCAAAUGAUGUCCCAUGGGAGCCAAGGAGUAGGCUCUGGUUGCACCUGGGAACUGCACUUGCAAGAUUACUGUCUGCCUCGCUGCAGGACUAAUGAGGAGUUCAGCUUUGGGGCAACCAUUCAAGGACACUAUGAGCAUAUCCAGUGUGUGCUGCUCAAAGAAAACUGCAGCCUGAACAGAAACUGGACGACUGAAAGACACGGAUUAUAUAGAGCGUCUGCCUGGGAACUGCAAUGAAGCAACUCACCUCAUGCAUAGGUGGGAAAUCGCAGUGCCCAACGGAAGAUGGAAUCAGCAGGAGCCUCUGCAGGGAUUCUUGACUGUGAAAUCAUAUUUAUAACAGGAACCAAGAAUGACCAAGUGUGUGUUUCCCAGAGUGACUAAGAGGUCAGGUCACCAUCAAAAAAGAGCCUGAUAGAGUUGGUCCCAUCUUGCAGCAAGGAGAGAGAUUAUACGAGACUUUAAAAGCUUCUCAACCUGAGGCUUCAUUGCAGUCACUGAGACAGGGCUUCUUCGUAAUGGCAGCUCUGGGAUACCUUUCUGCAAGGUGCAGAAAGCCUGAGUGGGCAUUUAGUCUUUGUUCAGCAGAGAUACCACUUUGUGUCUCUAGUGCAGACAGACACUUCUGCAUGUUGAGUACCAGCACAAAACACAGCCUUUGGUUUGUACUGAUCAUCUACUUGUAGGAAGCUCCCGAGUGGCCAGGAGCCGCUAGGAUCCUGUUACCUUUUCACCCCAGGGCUUUCCAAACAGCUUGCCCGGGCGUGCCUUACAUUAUAUCGCCACAUUGAUGCUGCACUUCCCUGCUGGGGAGGUGAGGCGUGUAAGUCCUAUCGAGAGGACACCUGCACUUGAACCUGGGCCAUGCUUGCAAACUUGGUGCCUGUACGGAUAAUAAUUUGCCGGCCAUGUCUCUUAUGCAAGGUAGACAUAUCCACUAUGUCCUCCAGAGUCAGCUACUCUUCCAUUAUAGCCAGUGUGAACAUUUCCAGCUAAUUGUGAACAGUUUUUACAUCUUCAGUCAUAGUGUUUUUAUUAUCCAUGGAUGCUGCUAUUUUAUAUUCCAUGUUAGUAUUUGAAUAAUACUGCAUAUGAAUAGCAUAGAAAGAAACAGACCGACCAGUUAAUAAUUUUAAAUACAGACCUCAUCAGCAAAGAAAAGCUAGAAAACACUUGGUAAAGUCUGACCCCUUGCACUUUCACAGUAGUGAGCACAUCAUGUUUCAAAGUGGUUUUUUGAUGGUGAAGUGUGUGUUACAUCUUAUUAAUUCAGUUAUGUCCAUGAGAUGCUUUGCAAACGAGAGCAAGGGAACAAACACACUGAUUAGCAGAGAUAAUGCACAUUCAGAUCAAUUUUCUUCACUUAAGAAAUUGAGUUUUUAAUUAUUUAUACUAAGUACAAAUUAAAUGUACCACAGCAUACUUUCUGCAGAUAAUUCAGUGUUCGCAAUUUAAUCCCUCAUUUCAGUAUCGCCUCUGUGAUAUAAAUUGGGCUGAGAAGUGAGACAAGAAGAAACAGGCCUUUUAGUGUGGAUCAAUGAAGCCAUAAGGUUGCAAAGUUCUAUGCAGUCAAGGGGCCAAACUGGUGGAUUUGCAGAAGGUGUGGGUUUUCUGUGUUAAGUGCAAGCUAUCAGUCUUGUGCAGAAAAGAACCACGACUCAUGCAUGAGGAUUCAAUAGUGUCACUUCUGCCUAUGAACAAUCCUGCCCUCUCUUUUCCAUGAGAAUCCAGGGAAAACGUCUGCAUCAUGCAGACGAAAGUAUUAUUCACGGUUAGCAACGUUCUGUAAAACAGCAUAGAUUGCCAUAUAAAGAACGCUACAUGGACUCUUGCCUCCUGAGAAUGAAAAAAAAUCUCAGACAAACUUAGUUUCAAGAGCCUGAGAGAUCAGGGCAGCUCAGAGUCCUCUGAUCAGCCCCCAAGUACUCUGUCCCAUACCCUGUCCUAUCAAGAAAGAAUUAACAACUGCUAAUCAAGUGGACAUUUUCACAAGUAUUCCUCCUGCUGCAUUUGAUUUGAGGCAUUCUGAAGUCAACACAUUUAGUCUGAUGUUUGAACAAUACACUUUUUAAACACACUCAAUUUUCUUUGGCUGGAAAUAUUCUAUUGUAAAAGGGAUUAUUCACGUCUUGUGUUUUACUGUUAAUAAAGAUAUUUCUGAUUUAA